UGUCACCUCCUGCUCCCCCCUCUUGUUCCCUCAUCUGCUCCCCCUUCUGCCACCUCUCCCGCCCUGGCUCGUCCUUCUCCCUCCCCUCCCCUCCCCUCCCCUCUUGUCACUACCCCCAGCACAGACCUGCAGCAGCAGGACCGGGGGGCGGGGCUGUUACACCUGUCAGGUGACGGCUCCCAGGUGUGCCCGGCCAGGUGAUUCCGCAGCAUCACUGUUGUGCUGGGCUGCAGCUUCCCCGGGUCACACGGAGCGAGCAUGGCCGAGCAGGGAGUCCCCCCGGUGCCCAGCCCCGCCACCGUCUCCUACCCAGCGGCCUCUGUCAGCCUGCCCACCGGGCCAGAGGUUCUCAGGACCUACUCCGGAGCCUUCAUCUGCCUGGAAAUAAUUUUCGGAGCACUUGUUUGGAUUCUGGUGGCAGCCUCUAACGUGCCAGUGCCAAUCGUACAAGGAUGGGUGAUGUUUGUGUCCGUGGCAGCCUUCUGCGGCUCCCUGUGCUACCUGUGUGUGUUCCUGUGUAGCCUGGUCAAUAUGAUCUAUACCAACUGGAACUUUGUGGAUCUCGCUUUCCACUUUUUUGCCUUUGUGUUCUACUUCAGUGCCUUUGUUCUUGAAGCCGCAGUGUGCGCUUUAGCCAACCAAGCGAGAAAUGAUACGAACUCUUACAUCCACCUUGAAAACCGCCGGAUUGGGCUGAAUGUAGCAGCAACGAUAUUCGCUUUCGCAGUCACCGUUUGCUAUGGUUGCAGUAUGGUGCUUGGGUUCCGCAGAUGGAAAUCGUAAUUACACGGACAAGCCGGACCUGAUAGACACGCUGGAAUCUAAUACGAGGGAAUGGAUCUGAGGAGCGGGAAUGUUCUAUAAUGGUACAAGAAAAUGGGAUUGUUUCUCCGGCACAGAGACGUUACAGCCUGAAAGGACUGGUUUCUGGAGCGCACACCAGCCGGCAGUGGGACGUGAAUCCCGGUCUCCCAAAAACUGUAGAAAGGGGAGAGGUGAAAUACAUCUGCUGUAUAUUUUAAUUUAAGAUUCUCCUAGGUGCACGUCCAUUCUGGCAGUGGGAAGUGCUGUUCAUGUAUGUGUGUUGCGGGAAUUUUACAAUAAAAGAAUAAUAAUUGAAAAAAAAUAUAUGGAAUUUUGUAAAAAUAAAAUAAACACGGCUUUUUUACGAAUAAAAUGA